CUCGCAGUCCAUUUGUUGGUCAUGUUUGCGCUCGCAAUCGCCACGCGUCUCGUCGCCCGCGGGUGUGCACCUGCUGGGCCCGCAUUUAGCUCGCUUGCUCGCAUGCAUCUGCACUCAUCUUCCUUGCCUCUCCUUUGCUAGCGUGCCCGCGGUGCGCUCGCCGGCUGCGUCUGCACGCAGCAUACUGUUCUGCUUGUCUGGGUCAUCCGUGCGAAUGUCAAUUGCCUCUGGUUCCGUCCGCUUUCUCAUGUUCCUUUCUUGCUCAACAGAAUGCAUACGUGCAGCACGUUCCGGCGUGAGGUCGUUGAGCACAGGCUGUCUUCAUUACUACACCCAUCCAUAGCAUGUGAUGAGCUCGUGUCUCCAACUGGUCUCACUGAGUCCUUCCUUGUCGCGCUCACUUGAAUGCUCGGGCUCUUCCUAAGCAUAUCCUCCUCUCCCCGGUCGUGCAGGACACUGUAAAAUGUUGUUGAGUAGAGACCGCCAGGCCCCGUCACCAGCCAAUUAUCCAGGAAUGAUCAUCGUGGUAAACAACGAAGAGAAAGAGUGUAAGACUCAAGAGACGCGACGAUGACCUUUGCC